AUGGAAGGAGCAUUAGCAGCGUCUUCUUUGUCUCUGCUUUCAUUGGGGAGUGUGAAAACUAGGAGCAGAGGGGCAAGGAUCUCUCACAUGACUGGGAGACAAGGUUUCAACGUUUGGGUUAAGAAUGGAAUAAGAAGAAGAAGAAGGAUAAGGGUGGGUGCUGUGAAUGUGGAAGAUGUUACCACAGUACUUGAUCCAGCUCCAGUGGAAGUCACCUGGCAAAUUGUGGUCGGAGCUAUAGCUGGGGUUACCCCUUUUGUCGUGGCAGGGAUUGAAUUUAGCAAAAGAAUUAUAGCUCAGAAAAGAUGUGAGGAAUGUGGAGGAUCAGGGCUUGUUUUGAGGGAAAAGGAAUACUUCCGUUGCCCAGAAUGUGUCCUCAAUGUGCUAUCUGCUGCAGGUUGUUCCUGUGCCUGGGAUUCUGAUUGA